AUGAUUUCAGAAGCGAAACAAGAGGAACCCCCACAGCCGUUGAAAAAGCCCUUUUGCCCCAGCACAGACAUCCGCAACAAUGCGACCAACCUGCAUGUUCUCGAGAACUGCACGAUUAUCGAGGGCCACCUGAAAGUCCUGCUCAUGUUCAAGACCAGUCCAGAAGACUUCCGUGGCCUCAGCUUUCCGAAACUAGUCAUCAUUACGGAUUACCUGCUUCUCUUCCGCGUCUACGGUCUGGAGAGUCUCAGCGACCUGUUCCCGAGCCUCACUGUCAUCCGUGGCAACAACCUCUUCUUUAACUACGCCCUGGUCAUGUUCGAAAUGCUCCAACUGAAGGAAAUCGGCCUCCACAGCCUGACUAACAUCACUCGGGGAUCGGUGCGGAUCGAGAAGAAUCCAGAUCUGUGUUACUUGUCCACCCUCGAUUGGUCCAAGAUCUUUGAUUCGGUGGAGGAUAACUACAUCGUGGCUAACAAGGAUGAUCGGGAGUGCGGAGAUGUUUGUCCAGGAACCAUCACUGGGACGAUCACCUGCAAACAGACGACCAUCAACGGGAAUUUCGGCGAACGCUGCUGGAACCAGAAUCAUUGCCAAAAAAGUGAGUUGUGGUUUUUGCUUCUUUCAAAGCUGUUGGUGUGGUGCAGCAAAGCAGUUCUGAACUUGUAGGUUGUAGG